AUGUCUAGAGCACUGUGUUUAAAAUUAAUCGGCGUUUUUAGUUUCGCGCUUUUAAUCGAACUAACUUUGUCGACUAACUAUUGCAGUUCUACAUUAUGUAAAUCCGGUGCAACGCAUAUUGCCUGCAAUAACAACGGAGCGUUUGCAUCGGCAUGUUCCAGCGAUGCGAAAAUCGUGCCCAUGACAGCUGCAUUAAAAAAAGCUUUGCUGAAUAAACAUAACACCCUCAGGAAUACUAUUGCAUCUGGAAAAUUAAAUGGAUAUAAGGCCGCUAAACGUAUGGCGACUAUAGUUUGGGAUGCAGAAUUAGCCAAGUUGGCUGAAUUAAAUGUUAAGCAAUGCGUCAUGAACCAUGAUGAAUGUCGUAAUACUGAUAAAUUUAAGUUCGCUGGUCAAAACUUGGCCUACAGUGGCUGGUCUGGUACUACCAAAACCGUACAAUCUGUUGCCGUUUCACAUGUACAAUUGUGGUACAAUGAAUAUAAGGAUUGUUCAAUGUCAUACAUUAACAGUUACAAGAGUCCCACAAAUGGUAAAGCAAUUGGUCACUUCACACAAGUAGUCCAGGAGAAGGCAACACAUAUGGGUUGUGCCAUUUUGCGCCAAACUAAAAGUGGUACCACAUACCAGUUUAUUGCUUGCGAUUAUGCGUACACAAAUGUUCUGGGUAAGCCCAUUUAUACUAGUGGUACUGCAGCUUCAGGUUGCAAAACUGGUAGAAAUCCAAACUUUAAAUCUUUAUGUACUACUAAAGAAGUGUAUAAUAAUGGUUUCACUGAACAAUAUACGGCUUGCAAUUAUGCAUACACAAAUGUAAUUAACCGUCCCGUUUAUACUAGUGGUACCGCAGCUUCAGCUUGCACAUCCGGCAAAGAUGCAACUUAUAAGUCCUUGUGUUCUACUGCGGAAGUAUAUAAUGUAAAUUCAUAAAUAUACAUUCCAUCUUUUAAUUGAAAGGAAACGAUAGAUAUAUGUACUAAUAAAUAAUGAUUAUUUGAAAAUAUA